GACCCCGCGCGCUCCCGCGCCGCCUCGCCUCUACGCGCCGGCGUGCGCGCCGCCGCUGCCUCUCUCUCCCUGCCUCCCUCUCUCUUCUCUCUCUCUCUCCCUACCGUGGUAGCAGGAGCAGCGCGGGCGGCGGGGCUGGAGCGUGGCUGAGGCGGCCAUUCCUACCGAGCGAGAGAGAGCGCAGCGUGUCCCCCCCGGGCUCAGUCGCGCACAGGAGAUGCCCUCGGCUACCAACAGCACCAUGGCGAGCAGCACCACCGGCAGCAGCACCGGCAAAGCGGGACCGGGCAGCGAGGCUGCCCCGGCGGCGGCGGCCCCGCAGGCGGCGGCGGGUGUGAACAUCACCACGGUGCAGACCGAGGCCAUGAAGCAGAUCCUGGGGGUCAUCGACAAGAAGCUGCGCAACCUGGAGAAGAAGAAGAGCAAACUUGAUGAUUACCAGGAACGAAUGAACAAGGGAGAACGUCUGAAUCAAGAUCAACUGGAUGCAGUGUCAAAGUACCAGGAAGUGACAAAUAAUCUGGAAUUUGCUAAGGAACUGCAGAGGAGUUUUAUGGCUCUGAGCCAAGAUAUCCAGAAGACAAUAAAGAAGACGGCUCGCAGGGAGCAGCUGAUGCGCGAGGAGGCCGAGCAGAAGCGUUUGAAGACGGUGCUGGAGCUGCAGUUCAUCCUGGAGAAGCUGGGGGAUGAUGAAGUGCGCAGUGACCUCAAACAGGGAUCCAACGGGGUGCCAGUGCUGACAGAGGAGGAGCUGACCAUGCUGGAUGAGUUCUAUAAGCUGGUUUACCCUGAGCGAGACAUGAACAUGAGGUUGAAUGAGCAGUAUGAGCAAGCAUCUGUUCACCUGUGGGACUUACUGGAAGGGAAGGAAAAACCAGUUUGUGGAACAACCUAUAAAGCACUGAAGGAGGUUGUUGAACGCAUUCUUCAGACCAGUUACUUUGACAGCACCCACAACCACCAGAAUGGGCUGUGUGAGGAAGAGGAGGCAGCACCUGCACCUGCAGUAGAAGACACUGCAGCAGAGGCUGAACCUGAUCCAGCAGAAGAAUUUACUGAGCCAACUGAAGUUGAAUCAACUGAGUAUGUAAACAGACAAUUCAUGGCAGAGACUCAGUUCAGCAGUAGUGAGAAGGAACAGGUAGAUGAGUGGACAGUUGAAACGGUUGAGGUUGUAAAUUCCCUGCAGCAACAGACGCAGGCGACGUCUCCUCCCGUCCCGGAACCUCACGCACUCACUGCUGUGGCUCAGGCAGACCCCCUGGUCAGGAGACAGCGAGUACAGGACCUCAUGGCACAGAUGCAGGGCCCCUACAACUUCAUGCAGGACUCGAUGCUGGAAUUUGAGAACCAAACGCUUGAUCCUGCCAUUGUAUCUGCACAGCCCAUGAACCCAGCCCAGAGUUUGGACAUGCCCCAAAUGGUUUGCCCUCCAGUUCAUGCUGAGUCAAGACUUGCCCAGCCUACCCAAGUUCCUGUGCAACCAGAAGCUACACAGGUUCCCUUGGUUUCUUCUACAAGUGAGGGAUAUACAGCUUCCCAACCCAUGUAUCAGCCUUCUCACACAGCAGAGCAACGGCCACAGAAAGAAUCAAUUGACCAGAUUCAGGCUUCCAUGUCCCUGAAUGCAGACCAGACCCCAUCCUCAUCAUCACUUCCCACUGCAUCCCAGCCACAGGUGUUCCAGGCUGGAUCCAGCAAGCCUUUGCAUAGCAGCGGAAUCAACGUCAAUGCAGCUCCAUUCCAAUCCAUGCAAACAGUAUUCAACAUGAAUGCACCUGUUCCUCCUGUGAAUGAGCCAGAAACCCUUAAGCAGCAAAAUCAGUACCAGGCCAGUUACAACCAGAGUUUCUCCAAUCAACCUCACCAAGUAGAACAAUCAGAUCUCCAGCAAGAACAACUCCAGACAGUGGUUGGUACCUACCACGGUUCCCCAGACCAGAGUCACCAAGUGGCAGGAAACCACCAGCAGCCUCCCCAGCAGAGCUCUGGAUUUCCCAGGAACAGCCAGCCUUACUACAACAGCCGGGGCGUGUCCCGGGGGGGAUCCCGCGGGGCCCGGGGCCUCAUGAACGGCUACAGGGGCCCAGCAAAUGGAUUCAGAGGGGGAUACGAUGGCUACCGUCCUUCCUUUUCCAACACUCCAAACAGUGGCUACACACAGCCCCAGUUCAAUGCUCCUCGGGAUUACUCAAACUACCAGAGGGAUGGAUAUCAACAAAAUUUCAAACGUGGCUCUGGACAAAGUGGACCUCGGGGAGCUCCUAGAGGUCGUGGAGGGCCCCCCAGACCAAACAGAGGGAUGCCUCAGAUGAAUGCUCAGCAAGUGAAUUAAACACGUUCACAGGAUUCCGUUCAACGCCAAAAACACGCUGGCCAGUGUACAAUACAUGUUACCAGAAGAGUUAUUAUCUAUUUGUUCUCCUUUACAGGAAGUUUGUUGUAAAGGGACUAUUUUCAUUACCCAUAAUGACAGGACUACAGUUGCCAGCUUUAUAUUCCCUGGAUAUUGAAAGGAACAAAACAACGUUUACUCUGCAUGUUCUGUCCUAAGCAUCAUCUUGAGCCUUGCACAUGAGAUUCAGAUUCCUCACCCUUGCUAAGAAUAAAGCAAAAAAGGCAAUUUUCAGGGUGAUCCAAUCUCCAUGGUUAACUGAAGUGGCAGGAAAAAGCAAAGACUCACUUCUGUCAUUUAAAAGUAAUUUAACAAAAUUCAGAUAAAAUCUGCAAAUUCAUAAAAAUUUUCUGUGGUGGCAGUUAAAAAAACUUAAAUGUUCCCAUGAAAAGAUGGAAAAGGUGAAGUGUGGCUUGGUAGAGCAACUACAUUUCAUCUUUUUCUUACUAAAUCGAAGCACUGAACAGUUCAAGAUGUGUAGUGAUGCAAUUGCCCUGAAUAGACAGGUGGGCUUAGAGGCAGUUUGUGACAAAGAAGAGACACCCUUAGCUGCAGCACUCCUCAUCACCAGGGCCCUGAUUCCUGUGGCUGUGGAGUUAAGAGCGCUUGCAUAACUGCUAAUGUAACUGUGUAAUUAAUUUUUUUUAGGAGACAAGGUGAAAAACUGAAAAAAAAGAAAAAAAAAGCUUUGAUUUGGCACUUGGACAAAAUUUUGCAACAAAUCCUGAGCUAUAAUCUGGAUGGCCACUGUAUAUUUGAUGUGAAGUAUUUAGAUAUCUCUUUGAAACACUUUUAAGUUUCUUUGAUAGCAAUGACUUUUGUAAGGAUUGGUAUUCUCUAUCAUUCCUUAUGACUUGCACAUUGUCUGUCACUAAUACUUGACCUUGCUGUAUUAUCACCUAAAUAACUGAUGCCGGUACUGAUGGAAAUCCCUAAUGGAUAAUCAUAACACUUUUGGUCACAUGUCCUUUUGUCUUUCCUGCAGCCUUGAAGGUUUUAAGAAAUCUCAAAUGCCCGCUGCUGCUGCCCUUCCAAUUGCUGUCUUUUGAAAAGCACCAGUCUGUGUUUGAGUUGAUUUCCCCUUUUCAGGGAAAUGACAGCCAGCAGUUACAGUUCUAAUGGUAUAAGCAAGAUAAAUAAAACAUGUUUAUAAAAAUUGUAUCCUGGAACACUGGUUUUCAACGGCUGAAACAGAUUCAAUGUGAUGGGGUGACAUUUCAUAAGGGUUUUUUUUCUUUCUUUCUUUGGUUGUUUUCCCCUGAUAGUCUCUUUUUCCUGACUAGAUGUAAACCCUCCUGCCGUUUUUCUGAUUUUAUUCUACUAGCUGUGACUUCUGGGAAACUUUUCUUUUUGAUGGACUUUUCCUUUUUUUUUUUUUUUUCUUCAUCAAGGCAGCAAUGUAUAAAAGAAAUGGCAUAAGCCUAGGAGCUGGAAAAUACCAAGUCUUAUUCAAGUUUUACUGCAUCCUUGUGGUAUAAUCUUUGGAAAAAUCACUUGUGCCUGCCUUUUGCGCACAUGCACUCUCUCUGCAGUGGGGAGAAUAUUUUGAUAGCUGCCUCCAUAGAGGUGUUGGUAGUUCUGUUGCAUUCUAUAGCACGUGUGAGAAGAAAAGUGCUAUAUUCUCUGUUAAGUAUUGCUCAUCAAAUAAUUCCUACCUGUGGAAAGGUGAAAUUGAGGAACAGCUGCGUGGUGUUUAACUGUUCUGUACAAAACUGAAGGUUGUUUUCACUCAGAGGGUCAUUUCUACUUUGUAUCACAACUGAACUUUCAGAACUUGCAGUCAGAUACUUUUGACUUCGUUGUGAAGCAGUCUGGAACUCCAUCCAAAUAGGUGGGAUAUCACUUUUCCAUGUCCUGUGUGAAGAGCACAAAUGAAAAAUGUUUUCACUGCGGGAAGUGAUAAGCUUGUGAAGACCAUAUUCCACACCAGGCAUCCUGAAACGGGGCUGAUGUCUGGAAGCAGCAGUUUGAGUCAAGGCCUAGAACAUUCCUAAACUGCAGUCCGGUGAGAAGUUGCUGUUCUGUGUCUUUUUUAGGAAGCUAUUACUGAGAUAAUAGUCCCAACUGUUUUUUAACUGGAAAAAAAAAAUAAAAAGACAAACCUUUUAAUGUUGAA